GAACUAGUAUACCUUCUCAUUCACAUGUAGUAUUUUAUAAUUUUCCUCUCUCUCUUUUCUCAUUCUCUUUCGUUUCUCGUCUCUUUCUCUUUCUCUCGAUCGAAAUCGAGGAGCCCUAAAUAGCUGCCUCCUUUGUCUCCAUCGCUUCCUUCUUCACGGAAUUCCUCUCUUUUAGGGUUUCUCGAUCUUCACCACCCGAUUGAAGGAAGCGAAUUCUAGAGAUUUAUUUCCCCCAAUUCCAAGCACAGCUGGGUUCUUUUGUACUAGUACUUGAUGAUUUAAUGGAGCACUUAUCUCCUUGUCAAUUGAGAACUACUACAGAAGCUGAAUUUAUCUUUAUGGUUCUACAAAUGAUUGGAGUAUUUUCGUAUCAUUAUGUUUAUUUAUUAGGCAAGCGUGAAGCAAAUAUCUGUCAACUUAGUCGUAGCUGUAGCGGCUACUCACCUUGAAGGAAACCUAUCUCAGUAGCACAACUUUCGUAUGAGUAUAUGUUUGUUCAUGAGAUUUGUACAUAUAUUUUUAUGUAUAUUUAAUGUGUUCCUCUAGUCACUAUUUGUGUGCCUGGUCAUGUUUUUCUUUCUCUUUUUUCCUUGGGUCUGGGGUUUCAGUAGAUUGUUGAAUGUUUAAAAGCCUUCACAUAAAUGUUGCAUUUGGUUUCUUGUUGUGCUAUUCCUAUUCUUGAUUUACAAACCCUUGAGCUUAAUUUCAUUAGUCAGAUUGUCUUAUGUAUAAUCUUUAUGUGAUUUCUUAUAGCUUCAACCAUUUUGGUGGCGCUGUUAGAAGCGUUGGAUUUUAGGGUUGUGUUGAUAUUUGUGCAGUCUCAGAAUGCCAAAGGAUAGAAGAGAUCGCUCGGUAUCUUUUGAUAGGUGCAAGGCGUCUCCGUACACUUGCAGCUCCAGUUGUAGCAGGCUAUCUUCACCCAAAAUCCCUUCAGAAACUGAGGAAAACCUAAAGGAAUGGGAAGAGGCCAGGUGUCCUGUUUGUAUGGAACAUCCUCACAAUGCAGUACUCCUCAUAUGUUCUUCCCAUGAGAAAGGCUGCCGUCCUUACAUGUGCGAUACAAGCUAUCGCCACUCAAAUUGUCUUGAUCAGUUCCGCAAGUCGUUUACUGAGGCCUCACUGACAACUCCUCAACCAGAAGAAAAUAGGGUCACAACAGCCACGGUUGGGAGCUCAGAACCAACUGUUAAUGUGGAACAAAGUGAGGAAGAGCCCUUAUCUACUGGAACCAUUCCUUGUGAUAAAAAAGCACAACCAACACUGGUGUGCCCCCUCUGUCGGGGGCAGGUAAAAGAGUGGAUUACCAUGGAGCCUGCUCGUCGUUUUAUGAAUGCAAAAUCAAGAAGCUGUGCCUGUGAAACUUGUGAUUUUAGUGGCACCUAUUCAGAUCUUAGGAAACAUGCAAGACUUGAACACCCUCUUGUUCGACCAUCACAGGCUGAUCCAGAACGGCAACGAAAUUGGAGGUUGCUGGAGCGCCAAAGGGACCUUGGGGACUUGAUCAGCACGCUUCAUUCUUCAUUUGGAGAAGAGAGGGGUGAUGACAACAUUUUACCUAUUGACGAUGGUGGUUGGCUCACUGUAUUUUUUCUUAUAAGAGUGUUUCGACCUGGGUCAAGUCCGAGGAGUAGCAGCUGGUCUGGUACCUCAAGAGCGAGAGGGCAGCUGAAUUUCAGAAGGAGAUCUACCAGGCUUUGGGGGGAGACUCAUGAUGUGGAAACUGGGUCGUCUUCCAGAGAUGAGGACAAUGAUUCUUCAGAUGGUGGGUCAGACCCUUGGAGACGUAGUGAGCGCAUUCGGCGACGGACAACACCAGACCAUUUGUGAUUGAAGAACUUUUAUUCUGUAGGCAGAAAGGAUUGGAGUUCUUUGCUUGAACAGUGGAUUCUGUUCCCCUGCGUAUGGAACAGUUUUGCUUUUCAGUUGCUUGAAUGUUUUAUCACAAGGGUGAGCAAAUUGUAAUUUGAAAAAAAAAUCAAUUAAGUAAUUUACAUUGACCAGUGGACAGCUGGUUCUUUUGCUUUGCA